UGCGCGCGUCUUUCCCACGCACGGAUGUUCCACGAUUAAAGCAAGAGGGAUACUAUCGGAGCUGGAAGACACGAGGGGAAAAUGCUGUUCCUACAAACUAUAUUAAGGAGAAGAAUACAUAAAGAUGAUGGCCCUUACUCUAAGGGGAACAAGGACCCUGCAGGGGCUGACCAUUCGCUGGCCUCCAGGAGACAGAGUAUCCCAGAAGAGUUGCGGGGGGUGACGAUAGUAGAGCUGAUUAAGAAGGAGGGCAGCACCCUUGGCCUGACCAUCUCCGGGGGCACGGACAAGGACGGGAAGCCCAGAGUGUCCAACCUGCGGCCGGGCGGGCUGGCUGCCAGGAGCGACCAGCUGAACGUGGGGGACUACAUCAAGUCGGUCAACGGCAUCAACCUGACCAAGCUGCGGCACGACGAGAUCAUCAGCCUCUUGAAGAACGUGGGCGAGCGGGUGGUGCUGGAAGUGGAGUAUGAACUGCCCCCUUCUGCACCAGACAGUACCUCAGGUGUUAUUUCCAAGACAAUCGAGAUAUGUUUGCACAAGGAAGGCAACAGUUUUGGCUUCGUCAUGCGAGGGGGUUCUCAUGAAGACUGGCACAAAUCACGUCCCCUGGUGGUGACCUAUGUACGACCCGGGGGACCUGCAGACAGAGAGGGUACCCUGAAAGCAGGUGACCGUCUCCUGAGUGUGGAUGGGGUGCCCCUGCACAAUGCCAACCACGCUGAUGCGCUGACCGUGCUGAUGCAGUGUGGCCAGGAGGCGCUGUUCCAGAUAGAGUACGACGUCUCCAUCAUGGAUUCAGUGACGAAUGCCUCCGGCCCCCUGUUGGUGGAGAUCGCAAAGUCUCCUGGGACAGCCCUGGGCAUCACCCUGGCUACUGCCACACACAGGAACAAGCAGGUCAUCGUCAUCGACAAGAUCAAACCUGCCAGUGUGGUGGACAGAUGUGGGGCACUGCAUGUGGGUGACCACAUCCUGUCUAUCGACGGCACCAGCACAGAACACUGCUCCCUGCUGGAAGCCACACAGCUUCUGGCCAGCACCUCUGACCAGGCCAAGCUGGAGAUCCUGCCCGCACACCACAGCAGGCUGCCCAGCAAGCCGCAGGACACUGUGAAAGUACAAAAGAGUGACCAUCCUCACUGUUGGGACCCCUGUGUCAAUUACUGCCAUACCCAGCACCCUAGUCACUGCAAGACCCCAACAUGGACCUCCUCCAGCAACCCGCCCAACAGCCAAGACUAUUCCAAAUCUCUAGUUUCUACCAACUUCUCCCCCGGCUCCACCAACACGUCAGGCUUCACCAGUCAAAACUCCAGUACCCUACCCCGCACCACACACCCCAUGAGUCCCCGAAACUCCAUGCUGAAGAGGAGGCAGAGGAAGAAGGAGCACAAGAGCUCACUGUCACUGGCAUCCAGUUCAGUGGGGCCUGGCGGUCAGAUCGUGCACACUGAGACCAGCGAGAUCACCCUCAGGGGUGACCCUCUCAACGGCUUCGGCGUCCAACUCCAGGGGGGUAUCUUCGCCACGGAAACCCUCUCUGCUCCCCCUGUCAUCCGCUUCAUUGAGCCAGACAGCCCCGCCGAGAGGUGUGGGUUGCUCCAAGUGGGAGACAGACUCCUGUCUAUCAACAGCAUUCCGACAGAGGAUGGAACACUGGAGGAGGCCAAUCAGCUUCUCCGAGAUGCUGCUCUGACCAAUAAGGUCACUCUGGAGAUAGAGUUUGACGUUGCAGAAUCAGUGGUUCCCAGUAGUGGUACCUUUCAUGUAAAGUUGCCCAAGAAGAGAGGUGUGGAGCUCGGGAUCACGAUCAGUGCAAGCAAGAAACCCGAUGAGCCCCUGAUCAUCUCUGACAUUAAGAAGGGGAGCAUGGCUCACAGAACUGGCACACUGGAGCCAGGGGACAAGCUGCUGGCCAUUGACAAUAUCCGCCUGGAGAACUGCUCCAUGGAAGAUGCGGUCCAGAUCCUUCAGCAGAGCGAGGACCUGGUCAAGCUCAAGAUCCGCAAGGACGAGGACAACUCCGAUGAACAGGAGACCACUGGCUCCAUCAUCUAUACUGUAGAGCUGAAGAGAUACGGUGGGCCCCUGGGCAUCACUAUCUCGGGAACAGAGGAGCCUUUUGACCCCAUCGUCAUUUCCGGCCUUACCAAGAGAGGCCUGGCUGAGAGGACUGGAGCCAUCCAUGUAGGAGACCGCAUCUUGGCCAUCAACAACGUGAGCCUGAAGGGAAAGCCCCUGAGCGAAGCCAUCCACCUGCUGCAGGUGGCCGGGGAGACUGUCACCCUUAAGAUCAAGAAGCAAGUGGACAGUAACUUGCCAUGCGAGAAGAAAAAAUCGGGGCUUGAAAAUGACCUGAGUGAUAACGAGGAUGAGAUGACGGACUCCCAGAAGACCAACAAGCUCUCAGAGAUCUAUUCCACCACCAUUCCCAGUGUGGACUCCGCCAUGGAGUCAUGGGAUGGUUCAGGCAUCGACGCUGGCUAUGGGAGUCAAGGAACGUACAUCCACCAGGCAGCAGGCAUAGCCCUGCAUCCUCACGAGUGGCGCAGUGCCAAGCAGAGGAACAAUACUCCCCCUACAGGCCGGCGUAAGAACUACCCCUUCAGUGAUGGAGGCUUCAGUGAGGAUGACUGGGACAAGCCUUCUGGAUAUGCUAGCCACCCGCACCAUGAUGGCAUCAUCCUGGAUCACGAGGACAGUUUUUGGUGCCAGGCGCUGGAGGACUUGGAGACCUGUGGCCAGUCGGAGCUCCUCAGGGAGAUCGAGGCAUCAAUUAUGACGGGCAGCGCUCUCAGUCUGGGUGUGGAUGGGACCAAGGCACACUCAGAGCCAGUUAGCCAGCCGGGAAUCAGCCCACUGAGGAAGGCCUCCCACUUGCACAGCGAGGCCAAAAACAAGGGCACGUUGCGUGUGUCUGAGAAGACGUGGGAGUCACGGAGGAUCAAGGAGGAAAUGCAGGAGAUCCUGUCCCCUACACCCCUGGAGCUGCACAAGGUGACAGUGAUGAAAGACCCAGAGAGUGAUGACUUCGGCUUCAGUGUAUCGGAUGGCUUCUUGGAGAAAGGCGUUUACGUCAACAUGAUUCGCCCUGAGGGGCCCGCCGACCGUGCGGGACUUAAACCCUAUGACAGGAUUCUACAGGUGAACCAUGUCCGCACUAGGGAUUUUGACUGCUGCCUGGCUGUGCCCCUCAUCACAGAGGCUGGAGACAAGCUGGAACUAGUCAUCAGCAGGAACCCCCUGGCGCAGGCACCCACGGGGCAGCCGAAGGACUGUGAGGACCCCUCUGCCACACUGCCCAGCACACGAGAGCACAAGACAAGCACCAUGGACCUGUGACCAUGGUUAAGAGUCAGUGAUCCUAAUGAUUGGCUUCAAAUACAUCAUUCUACAUCCCAGAACUGUUAACAGUACAGGAACAGCUUAUAUCCAGUCUUACCAACAUAUUUCAUAAUAAAGGAGGGGUGUUCUUUUUUAUUUUAUUUUUAUUGUUAUUUUUUAGUUUCAUGUUGUCGCUUUUGUGUCACCCCUCUCACCAAUGUCAAACCUUUUUUAAAAUAUUGUGACAAAGACAGACACUUGAACAUUGAACUGCUGAAAUCAUUUUGUUCAUCUGAGCCACAGGUAGCUGAAGACACUCUGGCCUACAGGGCUAGGAAAGCCAAACUCAUUCUGCAACAAAGGAAGGAAGGCGGCUAAACAUGAGGAGACAGCCUGUUGGUCUGAAGAGGCUGGAGCCAAAGUAAAAAAAAAAGGUGCUGUUUGAGCCAUGAGCAAAGACUAAAACCCUUCUGGAAAGAAGGGAGUCCAUGUGGAGACAUUGUGGUUUUGUGGAGUUUUAAUGGCACGGUUUUUGUAUGUUUGUGUGAUUCUCUUUCAGAUUUGAUUUCUGUUACAUGAAUUUAAUUAGCAACUUUCUGUGACUGAACACUGCAAGGAAGAAAGGGAAUCAGGAAGUGAUUACACACAGGCAUACACAUACACAGUAUUUAAUUAUGAUAUGCACUUCCUGUUUUGCAUUUUAUUUCAUUAUGCCCUUAAAUCUAACCAGUCCCUUCCUCACCCCAUUCUUUUAUUUCAGAGAGUGGGAUUGGAAACCUUAGGACACAUUUUGCCCUUUCCAAAUAAAUGCUAGGCGUAGCUGCUACUCAUUAUUGCUUGCCAAGUAUUGCAAACAUUUCCCUGCUCUAUUUUAAAAUCACCUUCCUGAAGAGCACUCUUAGACCUGUGCAUACCAGACAGGGUUACUCCAGUCCAACUCUAGACAGCCCAACUAUUUCAAGGUCAUAGCAGUGAUGACCUUAACUAAAAGCAAAGUUUAGCAAUCACAAAUGCGUAUCAAAGCAUAAUUGUUCCAGAC